GAACCGAUGUAAGUAUUAUUUUUUCUCCACGAGAUAAGCACAAGAGAGUGAAUAAGCACGUGUUGCAAAGGGAAAAGAGUAAAGUAAGGUUAGGUUGAAAGAGGAGGAAACGAGUUUCAUAUUGACUCCCUUGGUUGGUACUAUUCAUCUUCUUUCUCUCGCCCUUUCUCAUCACUCAGUUCAGUUUUGAUGGUCUGUAGACUUUAAAAGUUGACAUCGUUGACCAUCAAGGAAAUGCUUCACUUGAAGCUGCAAUUUUGAAACUUGAUUAUUCUCUGUGAAUCAUAUUGAACACUUUGUGUCACUUUCAAAUGGAGGAUGACAAUGGCCUUGAGCUUCGGUUGGGUCUAUCUUUGGGUAAAUCAUCUACCACCCCAAGGUCUAGGAACGACAGCUCUUCAGAGACUAGGAUAGAAGAUGUUGAUAGAGGUAGCAAAAUAAUCGAUGAUUUUAGAAACUUUCUUCAUGCUGGAACUCAGAAAAGUGAUUCCGUGAAACCCGAAGAGAACUUCUUUGAUAAUCUUUCAAGUCCAGCUAUGAACAUGGAUACCUCUACAAACUUGAAUGGUGCAGAAUUCUGGAUUGCUAAUAAUAAGAAGCCUUCUGAAGGUGAUGAAGAAAAGAGACUAGAGGCGUCAAGUAAAUCUAGGAAUGUUUUUGAUGAGAUAACCCUUCAAAAGAAGCGCAGGAUAGAUUCUGAAACCACAAGAGCCUCUCACAUUUCAAUAAACACUGAUGAAGGCUCCACUGCUGAAAAUGAAGAUAUAGCAGAUUCCGAAGCCGAGGGAUCAACUUCAAAGCUCAGAACUCACCAUAAUGAUAAUUCUAAGAGGGAUGGGACUGGUGGUGUCUUAUCUGAGGUUCCUAAGGAGGUUUGUGGCGUUUCUAGUUUAAGUGGUCUCGAACAAAACAGAUUCACUGUUUCAUCAGAAAGUGAACCUAAGGUUAGAAAUGUUUCAUAUAGCAUCCCAUUCUCGAAUCAGCCAGCAAACAUCAUGAACAUGCCAUAUAAUUUAGCAGUAAAGGAGUCUAAUCCAAUUGUUGUACCUGGAACUUCAAAGCAUGCACUACCUGGUAUCAUGCAUAUGAUGGCUUCUUCAAAUAGUGAAAGACCAAUAAAUCAACAUAUGAUACCUGCAAAUAGUCAAUUGACAUUUGGAUACUCUCCUGGCCAGCUUCCGGUGUUGGACAAAGAUAAUUCUCAGGGUCUUGUUCCUCAUUCACCACAGGUCAACUCGUCCUAUUUCAUUAGGGGUCUGCCAGAUUCAGACAAGCAGAACGGCAGACUUAGGUUUUCAGAAGUAAUGAACAAGUCUGGGGGUUCACAAUUUGACGGGAAGGCAUUAGAAGCAUCCAAGGCAGAGGGAAACCAUCAUGCUGGAGAAGAAGGAUCCUCUUCUCAGACAGCAACCAAUGUGAAACAAAAUAGUAUCAUGAUCGGGCAAAACACAUCUGACCAGCCAAGAGUCGACGGGUGUGCUUAUGAGUUUCAAGCUAUACAACCAGGUAUUGCUGGCGAUUUGAAAUUUUCCGGGACUGGUUCAGUUCCAGAUUUGCCAUGGGUUUCUACAACAGGUUCCGGUCCAAAGGGCAGGACAAUAUCCGGUGUAACCUAUAGGGUUAGUAACACCCAAGUUCGAAUUGUUUGUGCAUGUCAUGGAUUGCACAUGUCCCCCGAAGAGUUUAUUUUGCAUGCUAACGAGGAGCUGCCAACCAAUCAAGGAAAUGCAUCUGGAGUAGUAUUUCCUAGUAGCAACUCUGCCGCCUCAGCUCAAAGCUAGCCGACAGCUGUUGCAGAAAUCUUCAUUACUGGACAGUGUACUGUUUUAUACCGGGUCAUAAUUCUUGUUAUAUGUUGUAAUAAGUUCCUUGUUUUGAAUAUGUAUAAUGUCGUAAGAGUUAGCUCUCGACUACUUUGCGCACUUGUAUUCGUCAAAAUCGUUGUCAUCGAUGUACCUUGAAUGAUCUUCCCCCUAUUCGUACGACCAAUUUCAUUCUA